AUGAAAGGGAAGAAUAAGCAAACAACCACUUCUCCACAACAAAAGGAGUCGCCCAAAAAAGUAGUGGAAGACAAAUAUGAGAAUGUGACAGAAGAGAAUUCUGAUGAUGAUUUUCAGCCAACUAUAACUAGAAAAAGAAAAAGUAGGGAACCUACACCUGUAAAUAGUUCUCAAAAACGAAUGGAGAAAAGCAAAGAAAAGCCUAGUAGCUCUACUUCUACUGCUAUCAUCGAAUCUAAACCUAGUGAUGAUGCUCCUUUGCAAAGUCUACUGUUGCUACUGCAAAGUACAACGCCGUUAGUGACUCUAGUAAUUCAUCCGCAAACGCAAACAUAG